AUGGGCUCACAGCUCGCAGCAGACAUGGACUUCAAAGCCCUUCCGAAAAUCGAGCUCCAUGCCCACCUGACAGGCAGCAUAAGCCGCCGCGUCCUCCACGACAUUUGGGUCCGCAAGAAGCAGGCAGGCGAGACGGACCUCGCAGACCCUCUCGUCGAGAUGCCGGAUGGUAAAUACGACUUCAACCUCAACACAUUCUUUCCCCUCUUCUCCUCUUACAUCUACCAUCUCAUAACCGAUCCAGAAACUCUCUACGCCGCAACAUACUCCGUACUCCAAGAUUUCUACGCCGACGGCGUGACUUACCUCGAGCUCCGCACCACGCCGCGCUCUCUCCCGUCACCGAACCCGCAGCCGCCCUCCGUCUACGUCUCCACGAUUCUCUCCGCCAUCGUCGCAUUCGAAGCUGCUCACAAUGACCCCCAGGCGAUGCGCACACGUCUGAUCCUCUCCAUAGACCGCCGCCACACCCCCGCCCAGGCUCACGAGACUGUCCGCCUCGCCGCCCAGUUCCGCGAGCAAGGCGUCGUCGGUGUCGACCUCUGCGGCGAUCCGGCCGCUCGCGUCCACGGCGUGCCCGGACAGGACGAUGUCUCCAUCUUCCGCGACGCCUUCGCCGAGGCCAGGAAGCUUGGGUUGGGUAUCACGGUACACUUUGGCGAGGCCGAGUGUUCGGGCACUGUCGGCGAGCUUGCCGAGAUCCUGUCGUGGAAGCCGCAACGGCUGGGGCACGUCAUCCACCUCGGCGAGGACGUGAAGCGGAAGAUCGUGGAGCGAAAGAUCGGUCUGGAACUGUGCCUCAGCUGCAACGUGCAUGCAGGCAUGAUAUCAGGCGGGUUCGAGGGGCAUCAUUUCGGAGAGUGGUGGGCCGUGGAAGGGAGCGUGAUAUCUCUCGGCACUGACGACGUGGGCGUUUUUGGCAGCCCCCUGUCCAACGAGUACAGACUGGUAGCUGAGCAUUUUAGGCUGUCCCGCGACGACAUCUGCACGCUCACCCGUCGAGGGAUCGAGUCAAUCUUCGGCGGCGAGGACGAGAAGAAUCGUCUACGACGAGUGAUGUGGAGACCUGCAUCGGUCGAGCGGAUCUGA